AAUGUGUUGGAGGCUUCUCCAGACAUGAAGCGUGAGAGCGAGAAGGAGUGGUACUUCGGGAACGCAGAUAAAGAGAGGCGAGGGCCUUUCGGCUUUGAGGAGAUGCAGGAGUUCUGGAGCACCGGGACGCUGACGGCUAAGACACGCUGCUGGGCUCAGGGCAUGGACGGCUGGCGGCCGCUGCAGGCUAUCCCACAGCUGAAGUGGAGUCUGCUGGCCGCAGGACAGGCCGUGAUGAACGAGACGGAUCUGGCCACGCUCAUCCUCAACAUGCUCAUCACCAUGUGCUCCUACUUCCCCAGCCG